AUGUUGGAAGACAUCCCACUCACGGAUUUCAGUGACCCAUUACGCAUUGAUGCGUCAAUUCCAGCAGCAGACCAAGCAUUAUUUUCUCCUACACGAUUUUCGGCUCGUCUCAUAGCUUCAAUGUCAACUGGACUCGCGAGCAGAAAGAGCGACAUGGAAUUGACGCAUUCGAUAAAUCCAGAUGAUACAGUUGAUAGUAUCGCGAUUAAAUAUGGUGUACAGCCCUCUGACUUGAAGCGAAUAAAUAAGAUAUACGACCCAUCACACAUCAUCCUUCGCUCGUCAGUGGUGAUACCCAAGAAAAGCUCCUCAGCGAGUACAAAACCAAGACUAGCUUCUUCAAGUGCCCUUCUAACAAGACUCGAGGAUGACGUUCCGGCCAUCAGUGAGACGCUUGAAAGCAUGGAUGUAGCAGCUACCCUAUCCACAUGUCGAACAUACCAGCAACUAGAAUCCCUCAAACCAUUGACACUUAUCGACUCUCCAACAUGUCGCGUCGUAUUCAGACCCAACAUCAAUUCCCUGACCGAACUUACCAUUGAGUUGACCCCAUUGGUCCAUUUACUACCGCCGCAUGAACAGAAAAGACAAGUAGAACGUGUCAGAGAGUAUAUUAGAAAUGCUCGUGAUGCUUGUGAAGCCAGACAGUCGAAGACAACCAACUGGACAUUCUGGAGCCAGAAGCCUGUAUGGGUUGGAUUGGUAAAAGUUGCUGACGCUGAAACGUCGUCUAGCUGGCCGCCAUUCUAA